GCUGGGACGGGGUGAAAUGGCAGCCUCUUCCUCAUCCUCUUCAGCCGGCGGAGUCAGCGGCAGCUCUGUAACGGGAUCGGGGUUCAGCGUUUCGGACCUGGCGCCGCCCCGAAAAGCCCUCUUCACCUACCCCAAAGGAGCCGGGGAGAUGCUGGAAGAUGGCUCCGAAAGAUUCCUCUGUGAAUCUGUCUUCAGCUAUCAGGUUGCAUCUACAUUAAAGCAAGUGAAACACGAUCAACAAGUCGCACGGAUGGAAAAACUAGCCGGUCUGGUGGAAGAGCUGGAGGCAGAUGAGUGGAAGUACAAGCCAAUAGAGCAGCUCCUGGGAUUCACUCCCUCCUCGGGCUGAGCGUGUCUGGAUCGCUGCUGUCAGGGAGCAGAAGAAAAACAUUCUCUGGCCUGGCUUCAAAACACACCCCCAUUUAUCAGGAUGCUGACAGCUGAAUCGGCAGGACUGGCCUUUUUUUUUGUUUAAGUUGCGAGUGGGGAUCCCCCAUAAAGCUGCCAGUAAAUGGAAAGGACGGGAUUCUUUUAAGUCAUCUGCAGCGUUAUAGGCUGGCAGGGCUCAGUUUCUGUAACUUAGAAGGUAGGAUCAGUUUUACAGAACGCGGAGAAUCACCUUACUGUUUACAGAAGAGGGGAGACUUGCAGCGUAGUGGCGGGGAAAGCAACCCAGUAACUCAGUCUGGCCUUUCCCCAGCGCGUGGCCGAAGGACUGGGAGAUCCGCGGGUCGGGAAGCCUGCAUCUUUGCCUCUGUAGAGCAGAGGUGCGACAUCCUGCCAAAAACGCUCUUCAGCCCUGGCCGUUGUUUUGGGGGAUGAACAGGGCGAGAACUGUCCCGGGUCGGUUGAGAGGGGCAAGCAGCGAUGCUUCCUCCAGAGGUACCUCGUGUAUUGCUGAAGCUGUUUUCUCUCCGUUGCUGUUUCUCUUGUGCCUGCACAGCGAGUGCUGGUAGGACACGGCUCUCUAAUGCAGAAGCUGUAUCUUUAAUACCCUGAAACUCUUUGUCCUUUUUAUUAUGUAUUAGAUUGCUCUGUGAUAAUAAAAUACUUCUGUCUUUGAAACCGUU